AUGGCCACUACCUUCACAUUUGGUGCUCUCGGAGAUAUCAUCUCCCUCUGCCAGCUCUCAAUCCAGCUCAGCACGGCUCUCAGCAGUUCGCGAGGCAGCUCAAAGCAGUAUCAAGAUCUGCGCAAAGACCUUGAUCAGUUUAUCAGCAGCUUGUCAGAGGUCAUCGCAACUUUUCAAGGAUACGAGGUAUCGCCGAUUUUGGAUACGCUCAACCGUGUUUCAACAGAGAUUGCAGAGGAAUGUGGCAUUCUUGUGCAGGAAACCCUUGACCGUGUGACUAAUCGCUACGAUGCGUCUUUAAGCAGUGGCAAGUCACAGGGCCGACUCAAGGACGGCCUGAAGAAGCUUGAAUGGGCUAUCCGGGAGAGAGACAAGGCGACCGAGGAGUUGCUUUCUCGCAUUGCGGAGGACCAUCGAUUGAGUGUCCAAACACAGAUCCAGGACUCUUCCAGCGGGCAGUCACAUGCAUUGCAGCUAGGAAUCAUGAACGAUCAUCUGGUGAAUCAGCAAGAAUCCAUAUGUCCGGAUCCUUGUCGCAACGAGCCUGUCGUCCUCGAGGAUGCACUGGGGAAUAUCUUGGAAAUAAACUGGGGCUUGAUCCAUCAUUGGGAGUUCUUCUACAAGUUUCUGGAACAUCAAUUUGAGGGAUUGAGAGGUUAUGAAAUGGUCGUCGAGCGUUCUUUCAUGUUGGAAGAUGGUCUUAGCGGGGCGCAAAUUAGUCAAGAAGUUCCUUGGAAGGCGGCAGUCAGGGAGGGUAUGAAGAUCAAUAUGAUCAUGGUGUUUAAACGCAACGUUUGGAGCACCUCGUACUUAUGCCCGGCAUGCAAGACUACUUGCUGCGAUGACAGAGGGAGCCGUUCGCAAUGUGAGAGCAGACUAUGCGGUUUGCCAGUCAACAUCUCAGAGGUCUCUGGGGUGCGGUGGAGACAUGAAGCUAUCGUGGAGAUUGGAUCACUGUCUAGAACAGUCCGCGGUGAAACACAGCAAAUCACUGAACAUCCCAAGGCCUUCCGGCGGGUCCGGUUUCUUCAAGGGCACCAUCCUUUGGCGGACCCGUCCAAGCUGCCCGAAUAUUAUUCUCACUUGAGCCAAGAGUCUUUCAACAGAUACUUUGAGCAAGCUGCCAACCAAGCUGAAGGAGAGAUAGUAUGCGACGAGUUCUUCUGA